AUGACGACAGGCGACGCGGGAGGCGGCCUGCGGACCUCCCGAGCUGGUGGUUGGGAGGAGGGCGCCGCCACUGCUGUGACGGCGCCCACCCCCGCCACCCUCUCGGGGAGGGCCCGGGCUGGCUGCGCCCGAGGAACGGCGGGACGCCGCGGUAGUUCGGCCCGGACUCCCCUCGGCCGUGGACCCGGCGGUGGCGGCGGCACGGUCAGCAGGAAGCCCUUCGGCGCUCCCGCUGCCCGUCCGACCGCUGGACCGAGACCCCCGGCCGAGGGAGCCGGACCGACGCCGCUGGGGCCUGGUUGA